CAGCAGCAGCAGCAGCAGCAGCAACAACAACAGCCGCCCCAGCAGAGCGGCGGCCAUUAUAUUACGCGGCUAGAAUAAUCUUCAAUCUCGUCGGCGGCAGCUGCAGCGGCCGCAGCGGCAGCAGCCGCCGCGGCCGCCGCCAUGUUACCCAUGCUGCAUCCGAAUCCGUCCUCCUCCUCCUCCCCGACCCCGUCCUGCUCGUCCAGCUCAUCCUCCCAUCAGCCGCCGCUUUCACUCCACAACCCUCACCACCAUACCCAUCUCAAUCAGCACAUGCAUACGGUGGUGCCGAGUGCACUGUCCUCACCGCCAACCUCGAAGGUACCGGUCGACAUUGUUUCGGGACUGUCCCAUCAUCUUUCCAUCCUUUCCUCCUCGCCCACGUCCUCCUGUGCAUCGACAACGUUGGGUGCGCUGGCACAGUCUUCCCAUCGCCAUCAAUCUCACCAUCUUGCGCACAGUUUGCAUGACCAUCAGCAUCACCAUCACUAUCUGCAUCACCACCAUCAGCAGCAACAGCAGCAGCAGCAGCAGCAGCAACAACAGCAACAACUCCAUCAACAGCAUCAACAGCAACAGCAGCAACAGCAGCUACGACAACUUCACUCCUCGCACGGAGGAUCUCCCCGACAGUCGCCAUUACAGAGCACCAGUUCGCUACUAUCGUCUUCUCUCGACCACCAUGCCGCGGCGUGUAGUAGCAUCCCCGGCGGCCAUCAGCCAUCACACGCCACUCCCCAUCCUCACGCGUCGCAGGAAUCGAGCCAGCUUAACUUCCAGCACGCUAACCCUCACGGUCAUCUGUUCCGCUCGUCGUACCGGACCUUGUUCCGCCAUCCGGACACAAUACCCUCGCCUGCCGCGACCAUCACCUCAUUGCGGUCGUCUUCCCCCGCUCACCAUUCUCCUUCAGCUGCUGCUGCUCCUCCACCUCCUCCGCCUCCGCCACCACCGCCACCUCCAACUUCCUCCUCCUCUACUGCUUCGUCCAGCGUUUCCAACGAGCAAAGCAAUGACAGUGGGCAGGCCGUCUCACUGGCCUGCCGAGACUGA